GGCCGCCUAUUUCCUAAUCGUGGUGGCUCGUUACUGAAUAAAAAAAUAUUAAUUAUUAGUGUCGUAAACGACGCUGAGUAACGUUAAAAUCAGUGAUAUUACGAAAUAAUAUACCAAGAAUUGAUAUAGUGCAGGAUAUAAAAGUCGAAUGUGUUGUUAGUGUUAAGUGAGUGUCGGUUUUGUAUUGUGUGUGUAGGGCAUGUCGUUUCCGCCGCGGCCGCCCCUCGUGCCGUACGGGCACGGGUUGCCGCCGGGCGUCGUCACCAUGCCGAUGGCAACGCACGUCAUGGUCGGCGCGUACGGCGGCGUGGGCGCUCGGGCGGCGCUCCUGCAAGCGCCAGCGCCCGCCACCAGCAUGGCCAACAGCUCCAGCAAGGCCGUCAUCUCCCGCCCACCCACCAGGGCCAAUGGGGCCCGGGAGAAUGAACCCCCACCCAUCACUGUCUUUAUAGGCAACAUCACAACGCGCGCCCCGGACGCGAUGAUGCGCGCGCUGCUGGGCGCCUGCGGGCCCGUGCUGUCCUGGAAGCGAGUCGGCACCUUCGGCUUCUGCGAGUUCGCGUCGCCCGAGGCGGCCUUGCGCUGUGUGAGGUUGUUGCACGAGCGACCGCUCGCCGAGAAGAAGUUACUAGCGAGGACCGAUGGGAAGAUGCAGACACUCGUGGAUAACUACAAGACGGAGCAGCGUUCCCGGAUCGGCGCGGCGGAGGGCGGCGAGUACCUGGACGCGCGGCAGCGCGCGCUCGACGAGGCGGCCGCGCGCAAGCUGGCGCAGCUCAUGCGCGACUACCAGGAGGACAUCGCCAACUACGAGCAGCUGCAGCAAGAGGAGGCGAUCUCCAAGACGGCGCGGGCGCUGGAGGAGGCGGACAUCUCGGAGGAGAAGCGCGACGUCAUCCACCGCGAGAUUGGCAAGUUCCGAGAGAGCAUGAAGGACGAGGCGGAGGUGGUGGUGCGCCGCAAGCGCGACAAGGACCCCAAGGACGACAGGGACAAGGAGCGCGAGCCGCGCGAGCGGGAGAGAGAGCGGGACCGCGACCGCGAGCGAGAGCGGGACAGGGAUAAGGACAAGGACAAGGAUCGGCGCAGGAGGAGUUUGUCCAGGAGCAAGGAACGCCGCGACGACCGCGACAAGGAGCGCGAGCGGGAGCGGGACAAGGAGCGCGAGCGGGAGCGGGAGGAGCGCGAGCGGGACCGCGAGCGGGAGCGGGAGCGAGAGCGGGAGCGGGAGAGCAAGGAACGCCGCGACGACCGCGACAAGGAGCGCGAGCGGGAGCGGGACAAGGAGCGCGAGCGGGAGCGGGAGGAGCGCGAGCGGGAGCGGGAGCGGGAGCGGGAGAGGAGCAAGGAACGCCGCGACGACCGCGACAAGGAGCGCGAGCGGGAGCGGGACAAGGAGCGCGAGCGGGAGCGGGACAAGGAGCGCGAGCGGGACCGCGAGCGGGAGCGGGAGCGAGAGCGGGAGCGGGAGAGGAGCAAGGAACGCCGCGACGACCGCGACAAGGAGCGCGAGCGGGAGCGGGACAAGGAGCGCGAGCGGGAGCGGGACAAGGAGCGCGAGCGGGACCGCGAGCGGGAGCGGGAGCGAGAGCGGGAGCGGGAGAGAGAACGUGAACGCGACCGCGACCGCGAGCGGUCCCGCGACCGCGACCGCGACCGCUCGCGCUCGCGAGGCCGCGGCGAGGCCGAGUCGCGCCGCUCCCGGGAGCUCGAGGAGGAGGCCAAGGAGAAGAAGCGGCUCGAGAAGAAGGCCAAGGAGAAGGAGGCCGCCUACCAGGAGAGGUUGCGGCUCUGGGAGGCGCGCGAGCGGCGCAAGCACGCCGAGUACGAGAAGGAGAAGGAGAGGGAACGAUGCAAGGAGGAGGAGCGCGAGAGGGAGGCCAAGCGGCUCAAGGAGUUCCUGGAGGACUACGACGACGAGCGGCUCGACCACAAGUACUACCGCGGGAAGGAGCUGCAGCGGCGGCUGGGCGCGCGCGUGCGCGAGGCGGAGGCGGACGGGCGCGAGCGCGCGCGCGAGCAGGCCGAGCUGGCCGCGCUGCGCCGCGCCGUGUGGGGCGCGCGCCCCGCCGGCGACCCCGCCGCCGCCGCCGCCUACGCCGAGGCCAAGCGCGCGGUGGACGAGCUGUACAGGCCGCGGCUGCUGGUGGACGUGUCGCUGCAGGCGCACCUGCAGCGCCAGCGCGAGGAGCAGCGCGCCAGGGAGCGCGAGGAGGCCAGGAAACAGGCGCGCGAGAAGGCGGAGCGCGAGCGGGAGCGCUACCUGCGCGCGGCCGCGACCCGCCAGCUGCCCACCGAGGCCGAGCCCAUCGACUCCGACGACAGCGGCGGCGGGCUCGACGCGGCGCUCGCGGGCUCCCCGGCCGGCUCCAGCACGCCGCCGCCGCCCGAGCCCGCGCCCGCGCCGCGCCGCCACAAGCACCACCACCACCACCACGACCACCACCACACCCCGCAGACGUCUGACGGCGGCACCACGCCGCCGCCGCCCGAGCACCUCGCGCCGCACGCACACCAGCACGCGCACGCACACCAACGCAGACACGGCGAGACGUCGGCGGGCAGCUCGCCGAUCACCAUCAGUUUCAAGUCCGGCCGCGACGCACAAGACGCACCUCCGGCGGAGAGCGGGUCGGGGGGGCUGCGCCGCGUGCACGCCGCCUUCGCGCACGACGACGACGACCCCGAGCCGCCGCACCACCGCGGGAAAGACAAAAAAGACAAGGAGAAGAGCAAAAAGGGUGAGAAAGAGAAGGAGAAGGAGAAGGCGGGCGGGGAGGGGAGGGAGGGGCGGGAGGGGCGGGAGGGGGAGGACAAGGCGUCCGCCGAGGAGAAGCGGAAACACAUCAAGAGCCUCAUCGACAAGAUCCCCACGCAGAAGGAGCAGCUGUUCCAGUACAAGCUGGACACGGCGCAGAUCGACAACGUGCUGAUGGAGAAGAAGAUCCGUCCGUGGAUCAACAAGAAGAUCAUCGAGUACAUCGGCGAGCCCGAGCCCACACUAGUCGACUUCAUCUGCAGCAAGGUGUUGGCCGGCGCCGCGCCGCACCGCAUACUGGACGACGUGCAGAUGGUGCUGGACGAGGAGGCGGAGGUGUUCGUGGUGAAGAUGUGGCGGCUGCUCAUCUACGAGCUGGAGGCCAAGCGCGCCGGCCUCACGCACAACAAGUGACCCGAGGCCGGGCGCGCCGGCCUCGCGCACAACAAGCGACCCGAGGCCCACGCGCGAC